AUGGGUAUAUCUAGGCGCCCCAAGAACAAAGGCGCACAGAGCGCGCAAACUGGCGCCUCCAGUGCACGCGGAGGCGCCGGCGCAAGGCCCAAGAAAGCCACCUUCGAAGUCACGAAGAAGAAGGAAAUUGGCGUCUCCGACUUGACCUUGCUGAGCAAGGUCUCCAACGAAGCUAUCAACGAAAACCUGAAGAAGCGCUUCGAGGGUGGCGAGAUAUACACCUAUAUCGGGCAUGUCUUGGUCUCCGUCAACCCUUUCCGCGACCUGGGCAUCUACACCGACCACGUCCUCGAGAGUUACAAGGGGAAGAACCGCCUCGAGAUGCCCCCGCACGUCUUCGCCAUCGCGGAAUCUGCCUACUACAACAUGAAGGCCUACAGCGAUAACCAGUGCGUCAUCAUUUCGGGCGAGUCAGGCGCCGGCAAGACCGAGGCCGCUAAGCGCAUCAUGCAAUACAUUGCCAGCGUCUCGGGCGAACAGUCGGGCGAUAUCAAGAAGAUCAAGGAGAUGGUGCUGGCCACAAACCCCUUGCUAGAAUCAUUUGGAAAUGCAAAGACGCUACGCAACAACAACUCAUCGAGAUUCGGCAAAUAUCUCCAGAUCCACUUCAACUCGACGGGCGAACCUGUCGGUGCGGACAUCACCAAUUAUCUUCUCGAGAAGUCGCGUGUCGUCGGUCAGAUCGCAAACGAGCGAAACUUCCACAUUUUUUAUCAGUUCACCAAAGGUGCUUCGCGACAGUAUCAAGAGCUCUUUGGCAUCCAGAAGCCCGAAACCUAUGUCUACACGAGCCGCUCCAAGUGCUUCGACGUGGAGGGCAUCGACGACCUUGCAGAGUUUCAAGACACGCUGAACGCCAUGAACAUUAUUGGACUGAGCCAGGCCGAGCAAGAUGAGAUAUUCAGGAUGUUGGCCGCUGUCCUGUGGAUUGGAAAUAUCCAGUUCCAGGAGGACCAGAGCGGCUACGCCGCCGUGGCAGAUCAAUCGGUCGUCGACUUCGUGGCGUAUCUCUUGGAAGCCACUCCUGAACAGGUGGUCAACGCCAUCACUAUUCGCAUUCUGACGCCACGCAACGGCGAGGUAAUCGAGUCUCCAGGCAAUCCGGCGCAGGCCACCGCCACCAGAGAUGCCCUGGCCAAGGCCAUCUAUAGCAAUCUCUUCGACUGGAUCGUGGAGCGCAUAAACAAGUCACUCAAGUCGAGACAAGCGACCUCCAACUCAAUUGGCAUUUUGGACAUUUACGGCUUCGAAAUCUUCGAGAAGAAUAGCUUCGAACAGCUUUGCAUCAACUACGUCAACGAGAAGCUCCAGCAGAUUUUCAUUCAACUCACUCUCAAGACCGAGCAAGAAGAGUACGCCAGAGAAAAGAUUCAGUGGACUCCCAUCAAGUACUUUGACAACAAGGUCGUUUGUGACCUGAUCGAGCAGGUCCGGCCUCCAGGCAUCUUCUCGGCCAUGAAAGACGCAACCAAGACGGCGCACGCUGACCCUGCCGCCUGCGAUCGUACCUUUAUGCAGAGCAUCAACGGCAUGUCCCACGCUCACUUGACGCCACGUCAGGGCAACUUCAUUGUCAAGCAUUACGCAGGCGAUGUGGCCUACACCGUCGACGGAAUUACCGACAAGAACAAGGACCAGCUUCUCAAGGGCCUCCUGAAUCUGUUCUCCAAGAGCGGCAAUCAAUUCAUCCACACCCUGUUCCCCCAUCAAGUUGAUCAGGACAACCGCAAACAGCCCCCGUCGGCCGGCGACCGCAUUCGCACCUCUGCCAAUGCCUUGGUGGACACCCUCAUGAAAUGUCAGCCGUCUUACAUCCGAACCAUCAAACCAAACGAGAACAAGUCGCCCACCGAGUACAAUAGCCCCAACGUCCUUCAUCAGAUCAAGUAUCUGGGUCUGCAGGAGAACGUUCGCAUCCGUCGCGCCGGCUUCGCCUAUCGUCAAGCUUUUGACAAGUUUGUCGACCGAUUCUUCUUGCUCUCGCCUGCGACGUCCUACGCAGGGGAGUACACAUGGCAGGGGUCGUAUGAGGAUGCGGUGAAGCAGAUUCUGAAGGAUACCAGCAUCCCCAAGGAGGAGUGGCAGCUUGGUGUCACCAAGGCGUUCAUCAAGGCGCCGGAGACGCUGUUCGCUCUGGAGCACAUGCGUGAUCGGUACUGGCACAAUAUGGCUACCCGUAUCCAGAGGAUGUGGCGAGCGUACCUCGCAUACCGCGCCGAGUCAGCGACUCGCAUCCAACGGAUGUGGCGGAAGAAGAGAACCGGCGCCGAGUUUCUGCAGCUGCGUGACCAGGGCCAUCGCGUACUGCAGGGCCGCAAGGAGCGGCGUCGCAUGAGUCUCUUGGGCUCCCGCAGGUUCCUUGGGGACUACCUGGGCAUCAACGCGUCGAGUGGGCCUGGUGCUCACAUCCGCAACGCUGCAAACAUUGGUUCCAACGAGAGGGCCGUAUUCUCCUGCCGCGGCGAGAUUCUCGAAGCCAAGUUUGGACGGUCCAGCAAACCGAGCCCGCGGAUCAUCGUUGUGACCAACAGCAAGUACUACAUCAUUGCUCAGAUCCUUGUCAACGGCCAACCUCAGAUUUCUGUGGAGAAGGCCGUCCCUCUUGGUGCCAUCAAGUACAUCGGAGCGUCGACGUGCCAGGACGAUUGGUUCUCCCUUGGCAUUGGAUCCGCCCAGGAGCCGGAUCCGCUCAUGAACUGCAUCUUCAAGACCGAGAUGUUCACUCAGAUGCAGCGAUACAUGCCCGGGGGGUUCAAUUUGAAGAUCGCGGACAUGAUUGAAUACGCGAAGAAGCCAGGCAAAAUGCAGCAAGUCAAGGUCAUGAAAGACUCACAACAGCGUGCGGACUUCUACAAGAGCGGUGCCAUCCACACGCACCAGGGGGAGCCACCCAACUCAGUGUCGCGGCCAACGCCAAGGGCUAAGCCUGUGCCGCCCCGGCCUAUUACACGGGGCAAACUCAUCAAGCCCGGCGGCCCUGGUGGCCGGCCGUCCCGGCUCACUGGCAACCGAACUGUGCAGCCGAGACCAGGCGCAGGUAGCGCCCGAGCCGUGCCACAGCCCCCUGCAGCCGUGACUGCCGCACCGCAAGCCGCAUCGAGGGCGCCGGUUCCCACGCCAGUACCGGCACCCUCCCCGGCCGCGGCCGUUGCCAACGCGAUAGCCCACAAACCUCUUCCCAGCCAUACCCGAAACCAGGGAAGCAAUGGAGGCAGCGCAGCCCGCGCGCCACCGCCCCCACCACCAGCUGCUCCGCCAGCCAAGCCCAAGAUUAUGGCAAAGGUCUUGUACGACUUCGCUGGCCAGAGGGAGAACGAGUUGUCUAUCAAGGCAGGCGAUCUCAUUGAGAUUGUUCAGAAAGAGACGAACGGUUGGUGGUUAGCCAAGAACCCUCAGGGGCAAGCUUGGGUGCCAGCGGCGUACGUGGAGGAGCAGGCAGCCCCGGCACCGGCGCCUCGGGCUCCUCCAGCCCCUCCUUCGGCCAAGGCGAAGCCUCCCGCUCCGCCUGCCAAGCGCCCGGCAGCCGGACGCAAGCCCGCCGACUUGGGCCAGCGAGACUCAGGCAUGAGCCUCAAUGGGGCCAGCGGUUCCGAUGGCAGCCGCAGCAACACGCCCACGCCCAGCCUAGGUGGCAGCUUGGCGGAUGCACUGUUGGCUCGCAAGAAUGCCAUGCAGAAUAGGGAGAAGGACGACGAUGACUGGUAG